GAGUUGUCAGAUUGUGUUGGGGUACACUCACGGGAAGGUUGAGUGUUGAGAUUAGCCUGAAAGCGCAGCUCCCUUUUGUCUCCCCUCUCGGAUAUUUCACAGGUACACUCGGCUGAUAAAAACAUCUGCACACAUGAAGCAAGGCCACAUUGUACUGAUGGUUGACUAUUACAUCCUUAGUAGUGUGGUGGUUUAUUGAGUCGUCAUGGCAGACAAAGGAGGAUCGUCGAUGGGAAAUGGGACGAUGAAAAGUAAGACUGAUGCAAGCGAGGGGUCUUCUUCUAAACCACCUGCUCAACAGGUGAAAGAGGAGAGUGAAGUUGUGGUGGCUUUAGCAGUGCCCCAGACGACAGCUAUCAACAAAACCCCAGCUUUGUGUACAGCCACGGCAAAAUGGAAGUCCAAAAUCGGCAACAAGGAUGGUGACAGGUUAUCCACCUCAGGUUUAGAAAUGGAUCCUCUGAAGACAUCUGUUAUAAUGGAGGAAGAUUCGCUGUUAACGGAGAUGGGUUCUCCUGGAAAGCAACUCAACGGUUCGGUCAACAAGAUGGUCCGGCCGUCCAUCUCCAUCACCGAGGCGCCUCAGGUCGGCCGGCCGUCGAGCCGCGUCUCCGGCCACGCAUCGGCUUCAUCUCUCUCCAUGCUGGCAACCGAGUCCGGGAAACUUUUGCAGGCGAUACCUUUAGCGACGGGCGGGCCCUCCGGACAGGCCCAUGACAAUACCAUAGCUGAGUUGAGAAUUAACAAUCAUUCCUUAUUAGCUGCCAUUCCCUACAUGCCUGUUGGACUGGCGUAUCUCUGUCUGUUGUUUAACAUCUUCAUCCCAGGGUCAGGUACCUUGAUCGCUGGUUUCAGCAUCUUCUGCUGUAAAGGCGUUCCCCAAGGCACAACAAAGAAAGACGAACUCAUGAACUCAGUCUGUACCAACGCAUGCGUAGCAGUAGCCCAACUCUUCACCAUUACAUUCCUGCUCGUUGGUUGGAUAUGGAGUGUCACGUGGGGUGUCUUCAUGGUUGAAUUAGCAUUGGAAUACAGGACAUACAAGAGGAACGAAAAGAAGAUAACGACAGCCAAGGCCGUCACCAAGGCAUUCAUGGGGAUGUGAGUAGUCUGGCCUCCGUCGUCUCUUAAGUGGAUUGCAUUCUGCACAGUAGAGGAUCCCUGAGCUCUAGGUGUGAAUA